GCCUCUCCCACACGGCAGCCUGGGUCCCGGCGCUUGCUCGCCAGCUGUUCCUAGGCCCGGGCCGAGGAGCUGGGAAGGGAGCCGGGGGUGCGACCGGUCACCGCUCGCGCAGGCCCGGCCUGUCGUCCUCUCCGCGUCUACUGCUGCUCCCGUCGGGCGGGCAGCCUGGCUAGCAGCUUCCGGGCGGCUGCCCGCGCUCUGACUGACAGGCGCCGUCCCUGCCGCCCGCGCCCCCCGCCACGUCCCCGUUCUCGGCCGGCGCACGGCGUGGCUGCCCCCGACCUCAGAGCCGUGCGCGAUGUGGGUUCCAGACUUCGGCCCCGCGCCGCUUCCCAAGAGUCAGCGCACCGGGCCGCUGUCGUCCGUUUCGCCGCUGUGGCCGCUGCUGCUCUUGCUGCUGGCGGCCGUGGGGCCGGUGCGCGCCUGGGAGAGCGGAGACCUGGAGUUGUUCGACUUGGUGGAGGAGGUGCAGCUCAACUUCUACGAGUUCCUCGGGGUGCAGCAGGAUGCUUCAUCUGCAGACAUCAGAAAAGCAUAUCGUAAGCUUUCACUAACCUUACAUCCAGACAAGAAUAAAGAUGAAAAUGCAGAAACUCAGUUUAGACAAUUGGUGGCCAUUUAUGAAGUUUUAAAGGAUGAUGAAAGAAGGCAGAGGUACGAUGAUAUUCUGAUCAAUGGACUUCCAGAUUGGCGACAGCCAGUAUUCUACUACAGACGAGUAAGAAAAAUGAGCAAUGCUGAGCUGGCAUUACUCUUGUUCAUUAUUCUCACAGUGGGGCAUUAUGCUGUGGUUUGGUCAAUCUACCUGGAGAAACAACUGGAUGAGCUGCUUGGUAGAAAGAAGAGAGAAAAGAAGAAGAAGACAGGAAGCAAGAGUAUGGAUGCAGCGAAACUUGGUGCUUCUGAAAAGAAUGAAAGAUUGCUAGUAAAACCACAAUGGCAUGAUUUGCUUCCAUGCAAACUGGGAAUUUGGUUUUGCCUUACACUAAAAGCAUUGCCUCAUCUAAUUCAGGAUGCUGGGCAGUUUUAUGCAAAAUACAAGGAGACAAAAUUGAAGGAAAAAGAAGAUGCAUUGGCUAGAAUUCACAUUGAAACACUUCAAAAACAGAAGAAAGUUAAAGUUAAAAAACUGAAACCAGAAUUUCCUGUAUAUAUGCCUUUAGAAAAUGCAUAUAUUCAGUCUUACGAUCAUGGGACUUCUAUUGAAGAAAUAGAGGAGCAAAUGGAUGAUUGGCUGGAAAACAGGAGCAGAACACAGAAAAAGCAGGCACCUGAAUGGACAGAAGAGGACCUAAACCAGCUGACAAGAAGUAUGGUUAAGUUCCCAGGAGGGACCCCAGGUCGAUGGGAAAAGAUUGCCCAUGAAUUGGGUCGAUCUGUGACAGAUCUCUUGGAGAACCAUAGGAAUUCCUUUUCUUCUAAGAGCUCUGCUGGAAUAUGGAUUUCAUCUUCUCAUUUUAAGGUGACAACCAAAGCCAAGGAACUGAAGGACUCAAUCACCUGCUCCCCGGGAAUGGUCAGGCUCUCUGAACUGAAGUCGAACGUGCAGAAUUCCAGGCCCAUCAAGGUAGCCACAGCCUUGCCAGAUGAUAUCAUCACCCAGCGGGAGGACUCGGCAGGGGCCAUGGAGGAUGAGGGACCAGAGACUGCAGAGGGUGAGCAGGAGACUGUGGCUACAGAAGUCCGGCCUCGGAGGCGGAAGUCAGCCAAAAUGGCUGAGGUAGUAACCAGAGUGGAGCCAGAGGAGAAGAUGAGAGGAAAGAGGCAAAAAGACUUUGAUAUAUCAGAACAAAACGAAUCCAGUGACGAAGAGAACCAGAGAAGAGAAAGAACCCGUGCUGCAGAGGAGACAUGGACUCAGAGUCAGCAGAAACUUCUGGAACUGGCCUUACAGCAAUACCCAAAAGGAGCCUCUGACCGCUGGGACAAAAUAGCCAAAUGUGUGCCAUCUAAGAGUAAGGAAGACUGUAUUGCUAGAUACAAGCUGCUGGUUGAACUGGUCCAAAAGAAAAAACAAGCUAAAAGCUGAAGCUUCUGGAAGAUGAUUUUUCACCGUCAUUUUCCAAAUGAGUACUUCAGAAAUCUCAUGCAGAAAUUUGCGUUUUGUACCUCAGUAUUUCUAAACGUCAUGUGCCUUAGUUUAAAAAAAAAAAUCAAUCAGU